GGCUGCAGCCAAUAAUUUAAGUAAGGUUCGACAGACUUACCCACGACUCCCGGUACAUUCUGAUACCUCCCCCUCCACCACCAGCACCAUCAAAGCUGCCCAGCCGGUAACAUUCCGUCAGAAAAUCGCUUUCAAUUUUUCCCCCAAAUCGCAACAAAGGUUCACAAACAGCUAAUCCCACCAUGCCUCCUCCGUCAAAAGUUACAGUCGAAGAGGACUCCGAUGAUGAUGAUUUGGAUGACCUUGAUGAUUUACUGGACGAAUUCCAGAGUUCGCCCCAACCAACUGGUCAACCCCCAGCCAAAACUAGCGAUACCGGUGUCUCAAAUGACAAUCGUGGCCCUUCCCUGGAGUCGCUCGAUGAUGACUUUGCUCGUCAGUUGCAGUUGGGAAUGCAGGAUUUACUGGGCGAGAUGCAGGACUCAAAAGAACUACAGGACCAAUUUGAGCACCUAGUGAAGGAGCUGAACGACGCCACCGCAGUACCUAGUCCCAUGCCAUCGGCGCCGUCCAGCUCUAGACCGUCAGACCAAGCGGCGGCCAACUUCCAAGACCGAAUAAAGCAAACGAUGGAUCGCAUGAAGUCUUCUGGAGCAGAGGUUGACGCUGCAGUCGCUGGCUCCGAAGCUGAAGACUUUUUAUCGGAAAUGUUGAAACAGAUGCAAGGAGCGGCCGGCGAAGGAGAAAGCGACGAGGACUUUUCCAAAAUGCUGUUAAACAUGAUGGAGCAGCUCACGAGCAAAGAAAUUCUCUACGAACCCAUGAAGGAAUUGAACGAGAAAUAUCCAGAUUGGCUGAGGAGCAAUGAGUCCAAGCAGCCCGCCGAGGACCUACAGCAGUAUCGGGAGCAGUAUGGGGUGGUCAAGGAGAUCGUGGCAAAAUUCGAGGAACCAGAAUAUAGGGACGAAUCUGAUAAAGACCGAGAGUUUAUCAUCGAUCGCAUGCAAAAGAUGCAAGCUGCCGGCGCACCCCCAACGGAGUUAAUGGGGGAGAUGGGACAAGGAUUGAGUAUACCUCCUGAUGUCGACUCGAAUUGUGCGGUACAGUGA